GUUUAUUACGUCCUAAACUAAAAUGGACUUUCGAAUUAUUUUGCUAAUAUUUGUUUUUCCUCACACCUUAUUUGUACAUUGUCUACAGCCGGACGAACGAUGUGAAAAAAUUACGAAAUCUCAUCACAAAGCAUGUGAGCUGUUUGAUUAUACUGAGGAUCGUACUCUCUCUUGUUCUGCAACUGACGGCGUCAUCACAGAAAAAUCACAAUGUCUGGGCAACGGAUGUUGUUGGCAUAAUAACACUUGCUUCAAAAAACCUGUGAAAUGCUAUCUGGAUUUUCGAAAAGAACGCUGCAACAUACGAAGAGGAAUAUCAGCAUCUGGAAUUUAUGAAGGUUAUUCAAUUAACGGAAGUCAUUGCUUCAUUGACAAUCUUCAGUCCAUCUUUGAAUCUCUUUCAAAUGUAUUCGCGGGAGCAGUUUCACAUUAUGGAGUAAGAAUCGUAGGAGAAUACGGAUGGAACAAAUCCUGUGUAUCUUGGAUAGAGACUAAUUCAACAGGAUAUUCUGAUGGAAACUGUACUGUUGAAUUCCACGAAGGAAAAUACGAUCCAUUGGAUGGAACAAUCAGAUCAGACAAAUGUGUGAUAGAAGUUAGAAACAGAUUUUACACAUUUGAUGUUGGUGUUUCGAAUUCGUGUAUUUGUCACAUGGACGCUUGGCUCGAAAGUAAAUCAGAAAAACUUUCGAUUUCAAAUACAAUUCGGCAAUACGUUGAAAAAGAAGAAUCUCGAAGCAGCUGCGCACAAAUUCUGGGUAGACUGGUGCGAGACUCGUGGAAAAAUCGUCUGGAUAUUGUUAACAAUGCGGAAGUUGGGGUUGUUGUCAAUGCACUUCUAAAUAUAACUAAUGAAAAGGUUACUACAAAUGACGCUGCCAUACUACUGGAUACAUCCGAACAGUUGUCGAAAUAUAAAUUUUAUGAAGGUCUUGAAAACGACUCAGCAAACUUUCUCAUACAGUCUAGUACCAAAAUUUUGAGCAAUUUGAUGAAAACGGUAACAUCGGAAGAAGAUGAAGAAACACUCCAAAAACGAUCAUUAGAACCUUCUGCGUUACAAGACGUUCCAGCAGAUUCGACAUCAUAUCGUCAUUCGUCGACUAAAUUACAGUGGAAAAUUAUGGAAAAUUUAGAAGGAAUUACUGAUAAUGCUGCUUCUCUAAUUAACUUGGAUAACUACGAAUCAAAAUAUAUCGUAAGCGCUAGAGAAGAAACUGUUAGCUUACAAGUUGCUAUAGCUAAGCCUGCAUAUUUACAUGAACUGGAAAAUAUUCCGCACGAGGUUGAAGACAAAACGACAUCAAUAUUUCAACAAAAUGCACGUGUGACAGAUCUCACGGAUUAUGAGAAAGACGACGAUGAUGGGAAUCUGGCGGUGAUCACAAUAUUUUAUGACCUGCCGGAGAAAAGUGAAAACAAGUCAGCAAUAAACAGGGCCAGUGACAUUCUCGCGAUCAAUGUGAGAUCAAUGAAAGAUGGAAUUAUAAAAGAAAAAUCUCGCUCUGUAGAAUUCACAUUGAAGAAAUCUAGCAAUUCAUGCAACGGUACAUGCGAAGAUGUAUGCGUGUACGCUGAACAAAAUGGAACGAUGUAUACAGAAAAAUGGAGCGAUUAUGGAUGCCACGUAAAUCGAUCAGAAGAAAACUACACAAUCUGUCAUUGCAAUCAUACAACACAUUUUGCUGUUCUUUUGCAACCAUAUCGUGGAUCAGAUGGCGGUAAAGAUGAGUUUUCGAAGAACGACAUUCAAAAUCUGGAACUGAUAUCCAUAUGCUUAGGAAGCAUAUCAGUAGCAGCGUUGGCAGCAACAAUAAUUGUGUUUAUCGUAUACAGGCGCAUCCUUUUGAAAGAUCGCAUGCUGAUUCAUCUACAUCUUGUCAUAGCACUGUUUUGUGGAUAUAUUUCAUUUCUGGCCGGUUCAAUGUUCAGUGAUCGAUACUUUAAUAAACCAAUUCCUUGUUUCGCCUUUGCGAUCGCAUCUCAUUUCUUCUUCCUGUCGGUAUUCUUCUGGUCACUGAUGGAAGGUGUCUAUCUAUUUUACAAAGUCGUGAUGGUAUUUUCCCAUAAAUGGGCAGAACUGAGCGCAAAAUACGCGCCAGUUAUAGGAUGGGUUUGUCCGGCUGUAAUCGUUGCUAUAUCUGUCGGGGUUUCUCGGAUCCUGGUUACAUCAGAUGAGAUAGAGAAUUAUGACAACUAUUAUAACAUUCACACUUGCUUUCUCCAACAAUCACAUGGAAUGCUAUGGUCAUUUAUGGGACCAAUUCUUGUAAUUAUUUUGAUCAACAGCGUGAUUUUGACCAAAGUAAUUUUUGUGAUAUUUCGUUCUUCAUUAUCAUCGACGAAAAAUGCAAAAGCAUCAGAUAAAGAGAAAAUGUCUCAAUCACUAAGAAACGCGACUAGAGGAGCCCUUAUUUUGAUGCCGAUCCUCGGGAUACCUUGGAUAGUCAACGUAUUUGUAGAGUUGGAUGAUUCAAGUCAUAAAGCUGUUGUCAGUGCUUAUGUCCACGUUGUUUUAAUGGGAUUACAGGGAUUGGGAAUAUUUUUGUUUUACUGCGUAUUCAACACAGACGUUCGCAAUGCCUAUAGACUUUCAGCUGAGAGGAGGAAAUCAGUAGCAUCUAUUACAACGACAACUAAAAAUCGAAAAAGGAGUCGAGCUCCAUUGAUCGCUUUAUCCUCCAAGGAAAAUUCUCCCGAGUUAAUGAGACAUAAAUACAGUUUGUCCAUCGCAUCUACUGGAAGAACAUCGACAGCCAGCACACAGGUUAGCAGCGAUCCACCAUCCCCCGAAGUUUGCGACACCCUGCCACCAGUUGCAGAGCAUCCAUGUUGAAACAGAAACUCACGACAGCAACGCAAAUUUUUUUACUGCGUUUGAAGCACCGCAAUACUUGAAUAUAACAGAUCUUCGCCAGGCGUUGAACAAAGCAUUUGUAUUAAACUAUUUUUCAAACUACUUUGAAAUUAUUACUUCCGAGCGAUUACGUAUAACGGGGACUGUUCCCGGGGACAUAUAAACACAAGGAAUUAUUUUUGAAUUAUCGUAGAAAGAUCAAAGCAAUCUCUUACAACGCAGUGAAAAAUGAUUUAAAAAGAAAUUGGGUCAAACUGAUAAUCGCACCGCCGAUUGUCUUGUGUUGAUGACAAUCACCUGCUAGAAACUUUCUUCUCUGGAUUAUAGCGUUGGUCGUCUUCUAUCCUCUAUAUAAAUAUAAAAAUCCUGGUCUAUACAAACUAACAAGAGUUUCCAGUCAAUUCAGCAAAGUUGCCCAAACGCUGACGAAACCAAGAACCUCUUGCAAAACAUGAUCAGCAUACUUUCGACUUUCCACGUCAACUGUUUUCACCUUUGCACUUUUGAAGUUUUAAAUUUAAAUUUUUUUUGUUUUGUUUGAAUGUCUGAUAUUCCUAUUGCAGCAUUUAAAUAAAUUGCACAUAUUUUGUAUUUUACAUGUUCCAUCUGAGUUAUCUUUCUUUACUUUUAAAGUAAAUUUGCAAUAAAAUAUCUUGACCAUG